UGUGUAAAGAAGGAGAUUCUCAUUGGAGGCAACGAGAAAGAAGAUUGCUAUGCAUGUUUUGAGGGGAAAAAAACAAAAAGCAUCCUACAUGCUGAAGCCAUCUUGGUCGCACUGCUACACUCUGGACUCCACGUCUGAUUAUUAAGCUUUGGGGGGGUAAAGCUCUUACAAGACUGGAAUGAUGUCCUCCAAGUUGAAGUGGCUGAUUGUGAUCCAGCUCCUGCUGAAUGAACAGGCUCUGUGCAGGGUCCCACCUCCUCUGGCACUGAGAAACUCCGCGCUUACAGGAUCUGACUUCAAUGAAGGGGGCGAGGAGAGUGCCAAACAGGAUCAUCAGUCUCUCCUGGGAUCCCAACUCAAGUUCGGUGUCCAACCUGCAGAAAAACCUGAUCCUGUAUCAGUGGUUGCACAAAAAGAGGACAGCGUUCAAUCUGCCAAAAAUAUAGUAUCAGUCCUCAGGGCGAAGCUUCAGGGGCGUAUUCAGGAUCAUCUCCACAUUCAGGGGAACGUCAGCUGUGAGGAGCUGCUGUCUGCCAGCACUGUGAGCGACCCAUCGUCCACCGUGUUCCCCCAGGAGCUCCUGGGUCUCUCUUUAGUGCCCGUGUUGGUGGUGGCAGGCUGCCCACAGGAGGCCCAGACCCUGGUGCUCAAGCUGUACGACCUGCUGGGAGUGGCGGACGCGGAGGAGCUCCUGAUGGAGGUGGAGGGUCUCAUAGAGAGGCGGAUGAGCAAGUCUGCAUCCACGCCUGCACCUGCAUUAGGGAGGGAUCAGGCAGGGCGUCACAUCGAGGCUGUGAUGUUUAACAUCCAGCAGCUGGCCGCGGUGGGAGACGAUUCCUCCAAGCAGGAGGAGCACUGUGAGGGUUGGACCAGGGUGAGUGGAACAACACUGGCAGGAACAGCUGUGGAAGGAGCCACAGGUGAUCUAGAGGAGGCUUUGAGCACCUGCGAGAGACUGGGAGCCCUGUGCGCUGGUGUGACCAGCAGUGGACUACUCAAACCUGGGAAGUACCAGGCAGUGUACAAGAAAGGCAGUCAUGUCCUGCCUUCUGAGUCCACACUGUGUGAAUGUUGGAUCCGGCAGUGCAGCGCAGAGGAGGAUGUUUCCACCCCUGCUGCUUCAGGUCGACGGGCGAAGCGAAGCCCGCAGAGGAGCUGCAUCAACAAAAGCGAGGAGCGCGUGUACAACGUGGUGGAGUGGAUCCCUGCAGUCAGCACCCUCUACAACCUUGGCACAGCUGUGUAUUACGCCUCGGUUAACUGCUCUGAAACCGCCAAGGAGAGGGCCAUCCUCAGCGCGGUUGACCUGGGCACUGAUGCUCUCAUGGUCGCCACAGGGGGGACGGCCGGGGUGGCGGGCUAUGCCCUGGGCGCAGGGGUGAAGACAGGUGUGAAGGCUGGUGUCAGGUACCUGCUCAACUCCAUGAAGCAGGAAGAUGAUUUGAUGGUGAACCAGUUCAGCUGGGAGGAGGGCGUCAUCACCAUCCAGUAGACUGACGGAUCAAUACAUCAGCCGGUGAAGCUUUAGCAAUACAUUUUGUGAUAAUUAGUAUAUGACAUGGGAUCAAUGUUUGUUAACUGACAUGGGUAACAUUUUGGAUUUUGGAAAACACAUUCUUUUGUAUUACUCAGUGGAUUUUUAGAAUCACGUUUUGAAAGGGAAAAAAAGCUUUUUUUUUGUUAGUGAGACUGCACACACAAAUUUCACUUUACACAGUAUGACACAAGCACAAUUGUAAUGAUUAAGAGAAUGCCAGUGAUUUUUCAAUUAGUCUGUAAAUAAUGUAAAUUAAUGUAAUAAAAUUGGAGUAAAAAUGUAACUUCAUUACACAUGGGUUGUGUAGCUCAAUCAUUAGUGUAACGUAAUUAAGUAAAGUAUUACAUUUUGAACAUUGUUGACUGUAGAAUAAUAGCUCCUUAAUGGAUGAAAUAGAUUAACAGUGUAUCAUAAUAAGCAGCAACUUUUAAAGAACUGGUCUCAGGAAAUUACACCUUCAAUCCCUCAAGACUUUCAUUUUGACCUCCAUCCAGUGUCUCGUCUUCUUUUUCACUCCUUUUGUUUUCUUCCAUGAAAACAUUUUGUCAGGUCAGAUUCCCACCUCUGGUGAUAAUUGCAGGGACAAUAGACUGAAAACUUGUUUUUCCUUAAAAUGUCAAUAAAUUGUGUCUUAAAUCUC